GUUGUUUUGAAUUGGAGUUCGAUUGAAUGUGGAAUUACUGAGAAAUGUGUCAAGCCCCUUCUGAAUGCUUACUAAUGUUGCAGAGCGAUCGCCUCCCGCCAAUAAUGAGAAGCGACAUCGCCCAGAAAAUCGUUUGAUAUGUUCCACUGCCGGAUCCGAUCCUGUUUCUUGCCUAAACGACAGACGACGUCAAUUGCAAUGGAUUCCGAUAAUAACCCGCCAGAUUCCAGAGAGUCUGAUGAAACUUACAUUUUAGUGACAGGCACAAACAGUGGCCUAGGAUUCUCUAUUUGCUGCCGCGCAAUUGAUGAAUUCUUCGCAACACGCCCAGAAUCCAAGUCCUUAACACUCUUAUUUACCUCCCGCAGCUCCAAAAAGAGUGCCGAAACCCUCUCCCAACUCCAAGCACACCUCAAUGGCUCUGCCACCAAAUACAGAACGUGCAAGGACCGUGUGACCCUCAGGCCGGAACAUGUUGAUCUGGCCAAUUUGCUGUCAGUGCGCGCCCUGUCGCGACGGCUGCUGACAUCCCUCCCGAAACUGGACGCUGUCAUCCUCAAUGCUGGAAUCGCCGGGUUCACGGGCAUCAAUUGGUUCAAAGCGAUAUAUCUUGUCUUGACAGACUUGGUGAACGCAGUCACGUACCCGGCAGAAUUUACACUUAGUUCCAAGGGGGUGCUAGUGAAGAAACAGACGUCGCAGCCUGACGAGCCUCCGCUGGGAAACGUGUUCUGCUCGAAUGUUUUUGGACACUACAUGCUCUCGCACGCAUUGAUGCCCCUGCUCUCUGCCUCCGAAGUAACUCCAGGCCGUAUCAUCUGGAUAUCCAGCCUCGAAGCUACAAGUGCAGAUCUCGACCUCUCAGACCUCCAAGCCCUAAAUACCCGAUGCGCCUACCAGUCUUCCAAACGCCUCACGGACGUCCUCGCCCUGACCUCAGAUCUCCCAGGGUCCUCGCCGUGGGUUGACAGCUACUUAUCCACAUCUAACCCUUCUGCCACUGCAAAACUACAGCAGAAUAGAACCAGGAAUCCAAACCGCACCACCGCACACUCAAAACCACAAAUCUACAUCGCCCACCCAGGCAUCUGCGGCACCGGCAUCAUGCCUCUCCUUCCCCCCCUCUUCUACGCCAUGAUCGCCGCAUUCUGGCUCGCCCGCAUGCUCGGAUCACCCUGGCACACCAUCUCAACCUACAGCGGCGCCUGCGCUCCCGUAUGGCUAGCGCUCACGCCACAGUCUGUACUGGACGCUGCUGAGGGCGUGUACGCGCGUUUAGGUGGCGGGAAACCGAAAUGGGGAUCGUCCAGUGACCGGCUGGGUCGGCAAAGCGCUGUGUCCACCGAGGUGGAGGGCUGGGGGUAUGGUGGGGUGGUUGGUGCUGCUGUGUUGGAGGGUGACAAGAAGCGGAGAAGGAAGGACGGGGCGACGGAUUUGACGGCGGAGGAGAAGGUGGAGUUUGAGGAGCUGGGGAGGAGGUGUUGGCGGGAAAUGGAGGAGUUGAGGGUGCGGUGGGAGAAGAUUUUGGAGAAGGAGGAGGAGGCAAGGGGGAUCUUGAGUGGGCUGUAGUAAUUUUGUUCGUUCUAAUGAGAUCAGGGUCAUUCCAUGCGUUGGCUUGCGAGGAAAGGUUGGUCCCCGUUGGUGAGGCAUGUUUGGAUAUACGGCUUGGUUUUCCUCCGUUUUGGGGUUGUUCCAGGGUCUCUCUAUUUCGGGCGCAAUGUCUUUUUUUUUU